GCCCGCGCGCCCGGCGCGACCUCUGCGGAUUGCAUCGGUGUGCGGCGGCGGGGCAUGCCCAGGGCACCGGGCGCGGCCUUCAAUGGGCGAGGACACGGACACGCGGAAAAUUAACCACAGCUUCCUGCGGGACCACAGCUAUGUGACAGAAGCUGACGUCAUCUCCACUGUCGAGUUCAACCACACUGGGGAACUGCUCGCCACAGGUGACAAGGGUGGCCGGGUGGUUAUCUUCCAGCGAGAACCAGAGAGUAAGAACGCGCCUCACAGCCAGGGUGAGUACGAUGUGUACAGCACCUUCCAGAGCCACGAGCCAGAGUUCGACUACCUGAAGAGCCUGGAGAUAGAGGAGAAAAUCAACAAGAUCAAAUGGCUCCCGCAGCAGAAUGCCGCGCACUCGCUGCUGUCCACCAACGAUAAAACUAUUAAAUUAUGGAAGAUCACCGAACGAGACAAGAGGCCCGAGGGCUACAACCUGAAGGAUGAGGAGGGGAAGCUAAAAGACCUGUCCACGGUGACGUCACUGCAGGUGCCUGUGCUUAAGCCCAUGGACCUGAUGGUGGAGGUGAGCCCGAGGAGGAUCUUUGCCAAUGGCCACACCUACCACAUCAACUCCAUCUCUGUCAACAGCGACUGUGAGACGUACAUGUCGGCAGAUGACCUACGCAUCAACCUCUGGCAUCUGGCCAUCACUGAUCGGAGCUUCAAUAUUGUAGACAUCAAGCCAGCCAACAUGGAGGACCUCACAGAGGUGAUCACAGCAUCCGAGUUCCAUCCCCACCACUGCAACCUCUUCGUCUACAGCAGCAGCAAGGGCUCCCUGAGGCUCUGUGACAUGCGAGCAGCUGCCCUGUGCGACAAGCACUCCAAGCUCUUUGAAGAGCCCGAGGACCCCAGCAACCGCUCCUUCUUCUCUGAGAUCAUCUCCUCGGUAUCCGACGUGAAGUUCAGCCACAGUGGGCGUUACAUGCUCACGAGGGAUUACCUCACAGUCAAGGUCUGGGACCUGAACAUGGAGUCGAGGCCCAUAGAGACCUACCAGGUCCAUGACUACCUGCGGAGUAAGCUCUGCUCCCUGUAUGAGAGUGACUGCAUCUUUGACAAGUUUGAGUGUGCCUGGAAUGGGAGUGACAGUGUCAUCAUGACAGGGGCCUACAACAACUUCUUCCGCAUGUUCGACCGAAACACCAAGCGGGAUGUGACUCUGGAGGCCUCCAGGGAGAGCAGCAAACCCAGGGCGGUGCUCAAGCCAAGGCGCGUGUGUGUGGGUGGCAAGCGGCGGCGGGAUGACAUCAGUGUGGACAGCCUGGACUUUACCAAGAAGAUCCUGCACACGGCCUGGCACCCAGCCGAGAAUAUCAUUGCCAUUGCGGCCACCAACAACCUGUACAUCUUCCAGGAUAAGGUCAAUUCUGACAUGCACUAGCCGGCCUCAGUGGCCCUCCUGGCCACCUCUGUAGGGGGGCAGGAUGAUCAUGGUGGCCAUCGUGGGGACAUGAGUCCCUAGGAUGGAGUCGCCUUGGAUGGUAAUUGCCAGUUUAAAGAAAGGAAAGGAAGGAGCCUCAGUCACAGGUGAUAAAACAGAUGUGCCUGGUGGGUCUUGGUCCAGGGUUCCUUUGUUUACGCCCUACCUGUCUCAGGCUAGGCCUUUCAUUAUUAUCAGGACUUUAUUCAUGUCCAGGGUGAUUUUACUGCAGUGGAUCAGUUUCUACCAGGGAAAGUAAAGCUGGUCUGUGAUGGGGCUUCAGAGAAAGAGUGAAGUUCACAGUGCAGUCAGGAUCUUCAGAUCCUCAAGGGAGCCAGCCACAUGCCCCGGUUCAGCCCUUCUGGUUCAUGUUGGAUUUAGGAUGGUGAAUCCUCAGAGUGCUGGCAAUGCCAGCUCCUCACUUGGGUGUUUGGGCUGUCUUGUGCCAGGCCAGGGCAGGCUCUGAGAGGCAGAGCUGAAGUCCUACGGUUAAUCGUGAGGCAGGGCUGGGUUCCUUGUGUGGGUUUUCCAGGCUGGGGCAAGUCCUGAGAAGCAGGACAGGGGACCCCGUGUGGCUAUAGCCCUCACCUCACUGCCGUCCGUUUGUGAGUGCCCACCGCACGCUGGGCAUGGUGCUCAGCCCACGGUGACUGUGGCCGGAUCCCCACAGCCCACUCUAUGAUGGCUUUGCUGUCGCCCUCCCACGCUAGCCUGUCACCUUCCCACGGCUGACGGUGGGGCCUGUCCUUGACUGUAGAAUCCUCAUGUCCGAGAAGCAAGUGUGUCUCUUCAUUUCCGUAAAUCCCAGCUGAGAGCCAAGCUCUGCUGGAGCUGGAGGGUGGUUACCGCCCCCUCUGUACACAGGAGGAAACCAAGGCUCUGAGCAGAGAAACAGGGUGCUUAAGGAGUCACCCCCUGAGGGCUGAGUUGGGGUCCCAUGCAGGUCUUUUCCAUAGGCUCUUUCCAACCCACCACACUGGUGCCUGGUCCUCAAGCAGCAUUCCAAGGGAAGGCUUUGGAAGAAAAGCAUCUCCAUGCUGUGCAGGCAGAGCAGAUGCGCUGGUGACGGGACGGCACGAGAGAGAAGAUGGAGAAGAUGGCAUCCGGCUUGCCUCCCCAGAUGCUCUUCACCCAUGUUGUACUCGAGGCUUUCUCCUCACCCUCCCGGCUGUUCCCCAUGGAGGUUGCAUGCGGCCAGGCAGCCCCAGAGGACGUUUACUCAGACCUCCCCAGGGCGGUAGGUCAGUGGCCAUUCAGAAACCCCUGCUCCAUCCUCACUCCUGGAAUCCCGAAAACGCAGAGCUUGGCGUUUGGACCCUGGAAGUGGAGAGCAGAGGGGCUUUAGUUUUCACAGCAUGGACUUCCACCCAGGAAACAGAUGCGACGGAGUUUUUUUUUUUUUCCUCAAUGGAUCAAGGCAUCCUUGUGUGUGUCAAAGCACAAACCGCAUGCACACUCACUUCCGGCCAUGUAUUUACACAGAAACUGGGUCCAUUACAUUCUUUUUUUUUUUUUUUUAAAUCAACAUGAAUGAAGAAUGUUUGUUUAUCUAUCACUGUAAAAUUCAGGCGCUCUGGACAGUAUUAUAUGUACAUAUUGACCCUGAUUCAAGGUAGCAAUCAAAAGAUUGGGCAACUUUCCCCUCUUGUAAAGGAUUUGAAGAAUGUGGCCAGUUGUAUAUAAAUCCCGUGGAAGCCAAAAAUCCAGGUGAGAGGGCCUUACACACUGGCCUGGAUCUCUGGCCCACCCAUCUGCCUUUGCGGUUCAGCAUUUUAGAGAGGAUACUCGCCCUGGGAGCUGGGAUGCUGCUGUCAGAUCACAGGUUUCACUCGUUCCUUCUUCAAAGUCAAAUCUUACAAGGUCUUCAAAAGGCGGGGUCUUUUUGCACAUGCCCCUGGUUUCUAGACUUGUUUUAAACGUUGGGUACCAAAGUAGAAAGGAAAAAGAAAGACAAGAAGAUGUCAGAAGAAAAGCAUGUCUUUGGGACCCCAGGAAAUCACCCAGGUCCAGAGCGGACUGCGAAUAAUAUUGUGUGUAUUGAUUGAGGAAAAGGUGUAAAGGGGGGGAGGGGCAGUGUGAGAAGAGGCAGAAGGACCAGAACCUCGAAAGGCGCAGCAGACUUUGCCAUCUUUCUCUGCUUAAGUUUCUCUGGUCUUGAAUAUGUGGCAUUUCCCAUAAUCAUUGCGACAUUGUUGGGGUUUUGAGUUUUGUUUUCUUCGGCUUUGAUUCUUCUCCGAGGGCAAAGCCCUCGGAGGGUGUUGGGUAUGUAUGUACGUGCUGGUAACACAGUCAGGCCCAGUCAUUUGGGGUUCUGUGGCUCAUAGGUGCAUUUUUUUUUCCUUCGGUGUCUCACAAAUUAUCCAACUGUUGAAUAAAAUUAUAAAUAUGUUAAUACCAGCUUUUUCCAAUAAAAUAACAAAUGUUAC